UUAAUGGCUUUUCCCCCUUGCUUUUAAGGGUUUUAAUGAAAAUAAAGAAUAAUGGUGACAACGUCAACGAAGGGAAUUUGACUUCCGCUCCGGCCAUGGUCAAUACGACGUUGAUCCAAUUCAACUCACCUUGGACUUCAAUUCCUCCUCCCAUAGGUUGAUGGCACCUUCUGAUUUAUGGAUAAAGGAAUAUAAUGAAGCCUCUAAGCUUGGUGAUGAUAUUAAUGGCAUGAUUUCUGAAAGGAGUUCCUUUCCUGCAACUGGACCAGAAUCCCAACGUCAUGCUUCCGCCAUUCGGAGGAAGAUCACAAUUUUGGGGACUAAAGUUGAUGGCUUACAGUCCCUUUUGUUGAAACUUCCUGUAAAGCAUCCCCUUUCUGAAAAGGAGAUAAAUCGACGUAAAGACAUGCUUGCUCAGAUGAGAUCAAAAGUAAAGCAGAUGGCCUCAACGUUGAACAUGUCAAACUUUGCUAACCGGGACAGUUUGCUUGGUCCAGAUAUGAAAUCGGCAGAUGUAAUGAGCAAGACAGCUGGACUAGACAAUCAAGGACUUGUUGGUUUUCAAAGACAAAUCAUGAAGGAGCAAGAUGAAGGUCUUGAAAAGCUGGAGGAGACUAUUAUAAGUACAAAACAUAUUGCAUUAGCAGUUAACGAAGAACUCAAUCUUCAUACUUGCCUUAUUGAUGACUUGGACCAACAUGUCGAUGUUACAGACUCUCGAUUAGCGAGGGUGCAGAAGAGAUUGGGAAUAUUGAACAAGCAAACAAAAGGGAGCUGCACUUGCUUUGGAAUGCUUCUGUCUGUGGUUGGUAUUGUGGUUCUCAUCGCUGUCAUAUGGCUGCUCAUUCGAUACUUGUAAACAUUAUAUAAACAUAUGGGUAUAAGAUUUCUCACUUUAUGAUUAAUAUAAAAUCCCACAAUUGUUCAGUUAUAUUAGCUUGUA